GUGUCCGCAUUGUCUCGAAAUGGCUGGAUCCAGACCCCUCGACAGUAUGCGGUAGCCAUCGCUGCCCUGGCCAGAGCAGGCAAAUGGCAAGCUUCGCUGGAUCUGCUUUUUCUGAUGCUGGAAAGUGCACUGGACGCAGAAGUCAAAGCUUUCGGUGCUGCCAUCAAUGCCUGCUCCAAGGCCAGCAGGUGGCGCCACGCAAGCCUUUUGCUGGAAGUUGCACAAACCGCGCAAGCGGACAUGGGGACAAUCGUUGUGAACACGGUCAUGGGCGCGUGCUCUCGGAGCCAGCAGUGGAGACAAACUUUGCAUCUCCUCAGCACAUCCAAGACACCAGACCUUACAACCUGCAAUACAGCCAUCGCUGCGUGCGCAAGGGCCGAGGGCUGGCAACAUGCUCUGACAUUGCUACAGGAAAUCCCUCAGCGACAGCUGACUCGUGACACCUUCAGCUUCAACUCUGUUAUGAGUGCGCUGACGGGGAAGCGUUGGGCGAUAGGAGUUGCUCUUCUGGAGUCCAUGGUCUUGGAACAGGUUCCGCCGGAUCCUGUAACUUACAACUCCUUGAUGGAUGCCGCCCCCCACAACGCACAGGAGCUCUUCAGGCAUAUGCUCUGUCGGCGAGUGACUCCGACUGUCAUCAGCUUCAACACUGUCAUAGCUUCCUGCUCGAAAUCCGCAAAAAGCCAAGACGAGGCGUUGCAUUUCUUGAAGGAUAUGCGAAAGCACCGCCUGGCGCCGAACCUGAUCACGUUCAACAGCUGCAUUGCUGCGUGCAGCGACUGGCAGCAGGCGCUGGCAAUGCUUGCGGCACUUGAGAACGAGCGGCUGACGGCUGACCUGAUCACCUUCAACAGCCUGCUGUCUGCUUGUCGGGAUCUGCGAGUGGUGCACAUGAUCCUGGCAGAGAUGCGCUGGCGCAGGCAUGUGUUUUUGCGGGCUACGCAGGUGAGUUGGAGCUUCUUUACUCGGACAUCUCAAACUUGGGUUCCUUUGGCUCGCAGCGGGAUCCUUGCGUGGCCCCUCGCAGCCAUGGCGCCCAAGUUUGACCCCAACGAGGUGAAGGCAGCCGCCAUGCCCACUCGUGCUAUGGCAUGGAAGUUGUCAGUCGUUGCCAGUGCCAUGCGUCAGGUGGUGUUCCUCCGCCAGCAUCGCGGAUGCAAGGAGUUUGCAGUUGGCGACGACAUCGUGAAGGGGACCAGCCAGUGGAAAGGCAUCCGGGUAACCGUGAAGCUGACGAUCCAGAACCGGGCGGCCAAGGUGGACGUGGAGCCGAAUGCGACCAGCCUCGUCAUCAAGGCUCUGAAGGAGCCUCUCCGAGACCGAAAGAAGACCAAGAACAUUAAGCACAGCGGCAACCUGACGAAGAAUGUCUUCCUGGACUUGCUCAUUACAACAGUGUUACAGACAUCUCUGCAUGUGAAUUUAGACUUGGGAGGCAGGCGAUUCACUACCAAGCUUUCCUGGGAGGACAUUUGCCGCCAGAUGCGCUACAAGAGCUUGGCAAAGGAGUUCAAGGGCACGGCAAAG